GCUGCCGCCCAAGAGGAGUGGGGCGGGUCAUGGGGAACAGUAUAAUUGGACGAGUCUGGAAUCCCUGAGUUCUACUCAGCCCAAGCAGCGGUGAAGGAGGAGGUUCUCCGAGAGCCGGCUGGAAGAUGAAGGUUCUGUGGGCCGCGCUGGUGGUCACGCUCCUGGCAGGAUGCUGGGCCGAUGUGAAGCCAGAGUCCCCACUGGAGGGGGAGCGGGAGCAGGAACCGAAGCUGGAGCAGGAGCUGGAGCCUGAGGGCGGGUGGCAGGCUGGUCAGCCCUGGGAGCUAGCACUGGCCCGCUUCUGGGAUUACCUACGCUGGGUGCAGACGCUGUCUGACCAGGUGCAGGAGGACGUCCUCAGCAACCAGGUCACCCAGGAGCUGACGGUGCUGAUGGAGGAGACCAUGAAGGAGGUGAAAGCCUACAGGGCGGAGAUGGAGGAGCAGCUGGGCCCCAUGGCCUCGGAGACACAGGCCCGCGUGGCCAAGGAGCUGCAGGCGGCGCAGGCCCGGCUGCGCUCGGACAUGGAGGACGUGUGCAACCGCCUGACACAGUACCGCGGCGAGGUGCAGGCCAUGCUGGGCCAGAGCACCGAGGAGCUAAGGGCGCGCUUCGCCUCCCACUUGCGCAAGCUGCGCAAGCGGAUGCUGCGGGACGCCGAGGACCUGCAGAAGCGCCUGGCCGUCUACCGCGCCGGAGUGCGCGAGGGCGCCGAGCGCAGCGUGAGCACCAUCCGCGAGCGCCUCUGGCCGCUGCUGGAGCAGGCCCGCACGCGGCACGCCAACUUGGGGGCCUUGGCCACCCAGCCGCUGCGAGAGCGGGCCGACGCCCUGGGCCAGCAGCUGCGCGGGCGGCUGGAGGAGGUGGGCAGCCGCGCCCGCAGCCAUCUGGAGGAGAUGCGCGAGCAGAUGGAGGAGGUGCGGGCCAAGAUGGAGGAGCAGGCCAACCAGAUGCGCCAGCAGGCCGAGGCCUUCCAGGCCCGCCUCAAGAGCUGGUAGCCCCUGGUGGAAGACAUGCAGCGCCAGUGGGCUGUGGUGGAGAAGGUGCAGGCGGCCAUGGGCACCAGCCCACAUCCCGCAGCGCCGGUGGAGACACAAUGAGUGGGCCCCGCCCGCGCCGCGCGGUGUGCCCCCGCCCCUGCCCGCACCCCUACUCCCCCGGCCCCGCCCCGGCUGUCCUGCGGGAGGGCCCUCGCUUAAUAAAGAUUGACCAACCCACCGCA